CCUAUCCGUUGAGACAACACAAAAACGGACGCAGCUAACUGGCGGACGCUAGUUCAGGGUCUUUCCGGGUCCUUCCACGCUUCACCAUUGCUUCUGCGGAGCCUGGGCCCGAGGGAGAGCCGGAGUGGACCCUCUAAUAGAGAGGAGAAAUGCAUAAAACCAACUGGAAAAGUAGAAGGCCUGGGAGGAGGAGCCAGCGGCAAAACCCUUGGUUCAGACAACAUGGCUCUAAUGAGAGGUGCGACACGGAGGCACAGCAAAGCCCACAGGAUUCCGGCCACAGCGACGAGGAGGCCCCAUCGACCUCAUCCAGCACAACCGGAAGUUCUUCUGUGCCAGAUCUACCAGGGUAUUACUUUGACCCUGAAAAGAAUCGCUACUUCCGCUUGCUCCCGGGACAUAACAACUGCAACCCCCUCACAAAGGAGAGCAUCCAGCAGAAGGAAAUGGAACACAGGAGGCUGCAGCUGCUAGAGGAGGAGGACAAGCAGAAAAAGAAAAUAACCAGGAUGGGAUUUAAUGCAUCUUCCUUGAUACAAAAAAGCAAGCUGGGUUUUCUCAAUGUCACCAGUUAUUGCCGUUUAGCCCAUGAGCUUCGAGUGAGCUGCAUGCAGAGGAAGAAGGUCCAAAUUCACAGCUCAGAUCCGUCCGCUUUGGCAAACGACCGAUUUAACCUCAUACUGGCAGAUACCAACAGUGACCGGCUCUUCACAGUGAACGAUGUCAGAGUUGGAGGCUCCAAGUACGGCAUCAUCAGCCUGCGCGGGCUGAAGCCCCCCACAUUCAAGGUGCAUAUGCAUGAAAACCUCUACUUCACCAACCGAAAGGUGAACUCUGUUUGCUGGGCCUCGCUGAAUCACUUGGAUUCUCACAUUCUAUUGUGCCUCAUGGGAAUUGCAGAGACUCCAGGCUGCGCCACCCUGCUCCCAGCAUCACUGUUCGUCAAUAGUCAUCCAGCAGGAGACCGACCUGGCAUGCUCUGCAGUUUUCGGAUCCCCGGGGCCUGGUCUUGUGCGUGGUCCUUGAACAUCCAGGCGAAUAACUGCUUCAGUACAGGCUUAUCUCGGUGGGUCCUGGUGACCAACGUGGUGACGGGACACCGGCUGUCAUUUGGGACCAGCAGUGAUGUCUUGGCCCAGCAGUUUGCUCUUAUGGCUCCUUUACUGUUUAAUGGCUGUCGUUCUGGAGAGAUCUUUGCCAUUGAUCUGCGUUGUCGAAAUCAGGGCAAGGGCUGGAAGGCCACGCGCUUAUUCCACGACUCAGCAGUGACGUCUGUGCAAAUCCUCCAAGAAGAGCAAUGCCUGAUGGCAUCCGACAUGGCUGGAACGAUCAAGCUGUGGGACCUGAGGACCACGAAGUGUAUAAGGCAGUAUGAAGGUCAUGUGAACGAGUACGCCCACUUGCCCCUGCACGUGCACGAGGAAGAAGGAAUUGUGGUGGCAGUGGGCCAGGACUGCUACACGAGAAUCUGGAGCCUCCAUGAUGCCCACCUGCUCAGAACCAUACCCUCUCCACACCCCACCUCCAGGACCAAUGUUCCCAGCGUGGCCUUUUCUUCCCGGCUUGGGGGCUUCCGGGGAGCACCAGGGCUGCUCAUGGCUGUCCAGCAGGACCUUUACUGUUUCUCCUACAGCUGAUUCGGCAGGGUGCAGCCUGAAGGAUGUGGAAUUUACUUAAGGAAGUAAAGAGUAGCCAUGGUUCUGCCAUAACUGCUGUUUCCAAUGAGCGCAUUUUAAAUGGAUGCUCUACGAACACAGAUCCUCAUCCAUCUAGCUGCUGGGGAGAAGGUGCUAUGUUUUAUGUGGAGACACUUUAGUAAAGUUAUUUCAGUUACGUUGUGAGCUCAGAGAGCUUAAAAGUCCUUUUCAUAAAAGGUACCUAUUUCCUUUGGUUGAAGUCCUUAGAAUAGUCCUUUCUUCUUUUUUAAACAAUUUUUUCUAAGGGUUGAAGAUUGGCAAUAACUAAAUUAAAGCUACUUUCACCAAAAGCCCUUUCAUGAAGCCUAAUGAGACUGGGUGAGACUUCAGGUAGUCGGUGCCUGAACCGCAGAAAGACAUGUAUCUGUACUUGAGAAAGCCAGUCGAGAGAGAGAAAGAAGGCUUUUCUUUGAGUAUCUAGAGGAAGGUUUACAGCUGGAGUUCAGAGUCAUCGAACUAGCCUUCUUAUACUCCAUAUCAGUAGCAGGUCUCUGGGACUUUCCUUUUAUUACCAUUCAGAGGCAUUAGAAGGAAAGAUGGAUCUUUUGAGGUGCUAGAUGCCUUUGUCAAGGCACCUUCAGAAUGUUAGGUGCAGCAGCUCUUAUUUUUAUCAUGAUGACUUGAAUGUCAGAUUCAAGGGCCCCGUCUCAAAGAAAACUGGCUUUGACUUUUUAUAACCUAUGGGAAACAAUUUGUGAGCUAUUUAUAGUGUUAAAGAACUUGUCUACCAAACAAUAAACUAGAAAAAAACCAUGG